AUGAUUAAAAUUCUGAAAUAUAAAUUUAUAUCAUUUAUUUAUUAGAUCUCAAAUACAGCUAUGAAUGCCUUUCAAAUUGCAUUCCCAACUAAAGAAAAAUAAGUAUAAGCUCUCAAAUAUUGUAGUGAUCAAUAUAUGAUUGAUUUAAACAUAUAUCUAUCUCUAUCUAUAACUACUAUCAAAUAAGAAAUAAAUUAAGAAGAUGAAAAAGCUUAAUAUUUAUAUGAGAGAUUGAUAGUAUCAACAAUUAACUCAAUUAAAACAGCUAUAUUAUGGAAUCCUGAUAAUAAAUUUAUUGAAUAAAUUAUGAUACAACUUGAUUUUACAAAUCAAAUUACUAUUAUUGUAGAAUUACUCAAUACUGAAAAUAUAAGUAUUGUAGCAACUAUCAUUGAAACAUUACAUUUUCUAUUGUCUAAUGAUAUAUCAACUCAUUUUGUCCUUCAUAAAAGUGACCAAAUACUUAAAAAGACAAUCUAACUCUUUGAAUAAAAAGAUCUUUUAAUUGUAAGUGCAUUAUGUAAAGGAUUUAUUACUAAAUUAUUCUAAAAAGUUUAAUAAGAUUAAAUUUUAAAACUUUAAGAUCUUGAAAAUAAAUCUUUGGAAUUAAUAUCUUAAGCUGGUUUUGGUGUUGGAAAAUUAUUUUAUGAUUAAUUAGUUUUAUUUGUAUCACUUAAUCCUAUCUAUAGUGUAAUCAAUAUUAAAAAAGAGGAUGAUUUUAGACAAAAAUUAGCUUCCAUGACAAAAUUAUUAAAUGCCAUCUUAACAGGUAUUACUCAUGAAGAAGGUAAAUUAUUUUCAGAAAAUUUAAUAAAUAGUUAUUUUGAAACAAUCUAUUUUCUAAUUUGCAAAAGUAUAAAUCCUUCUUUAAUUUAAUAUAAUUAAUUUUUAGGAUAAGCUAAAAAUAUUAUUGCCUAAUCAAUCAAGUAACUUUUAUAAAAUACUCUAUUUAAAUAAGGUGCUUAGGCAUAUAAUCAUAAUCCAUAUUAGUACCAUCAAUUUUUUAAUAGUUUUAAAAAAUUUUUAAAGUAAAACAAGAAAAAUAAGAACUCUUAAAUGAAAUUAUAUAAGCUAUUAUGA